CAGCAGCUCCUUUGAUAAGCAGCUUCCUGAACACUUUCAAACCGUGGUGUUAGAACGACACACGCAGCGCCCGCGGGCCUGUGCCGGGACCAAGGGGAGCCCACGCCGCGGGGCAGCAGCUGCUUCUCCUCCAAUGGCUCCUUGAUUCCCUGGGAGCUGAGGGGCCACCCGUAUCCACUCCCUGUGCCUCAGGACAAGGGCUUUGUGGCUGCCACAGCAUGGUACAAGCCUGCUUGGUGUGCUCCAGAGUUCAUAACGGCAGCCUGACAGCCCAGGCAGCCGGGGCAGACAUGGACAAGACAGACAAACCCAGUCCCUCUGUCAAGAAGCACGUGCGUCUUCAGGAGAGGAGGGGCUCCAACGUGUCGCUGAUGCUGGACAUGAGCUCACUAGGGAGUGUGGAGCCCAUCCAGCCCGUCUGCACGCCGCGGGACAUCACACUGAAGUUCCUGAGGACGUCCAGCCAUGUGCUGAGGAGAGAGGAGCUCCAGCAACACGCCCAGAGACUGACGCAGCUCCAGGAGGAGUUUUCGAAAAUUCCACCCAACUUUGUCAGUCCAGAGGAGCUGGAGAUCCCUGGACGUGCCUCCAAGGACAGAUACAAAACCAUCCUUCCCAAUCCUGAGAGCCGGGUCUGUCUCAGGAGGGCAAGGAACCAGGAGGAGGACAGCUACAUAAAUGCCAACUACAUCACGGGCUAUGCGGGGCGGCCCCGGGAGUACAUUGCCACCCAGGGACCCAUGCUGAACACCGUGACCGACUUCUGGGAGAUGGUGUGGCAGGAGGAGGCACCCCUCAUCAUCAUGAUAACCAAGCUCCAGGAGCGCAAAGAGAAAUGUGUCCACUACUGGCCCGAGAAGGAGAGCACCUAUGGACCCUUCACCAUCCGUGUGCAGGGAGUGAGCGAGUGUGUGGAGUACGUGAUCCGGGAUCUCUCCAUCCAGCUUGAAGGUGAAUGCCGCCAGGUCAAACACAUCCUCUUCCCUUCCUGGCCGGACCAGCAGACACCUGAGUCAGCCAAGCCCCUGCUACACUUGGUGUCCAAGGUGGAGGAGACUCUGCAGGCUGCAGCCAGCCCAGGGCCCAUCAUUGUGCACUGCAGUGCAGGCAUUGGCCGGACAGGCUGCUUUAUCGCUACCAGGAUCGGGUGCCAGCAGCUGAAGGACACGGGGGAGGUGGAUAUCCUGGGAAUCGUGUGCCGCCUCCGCAUAGACAGAGGCGGGAUGAUCCAGACAAGUGAGCAGUACCAGUUCCUCCAUCACACACUAGCUCUCUACGCUUCCCAGCUGCUGGAGGCUGAAGGCCACUAGUGCAGGGCUCCCACCAGGCUGCCAGCUCCCUGCUCUGACCUCUCCUGCACCAGCCUCGGGGACACCUCCACCAAAACCACUCCUGCUGCUGCCAGGACAUAGAGCAGCAGCAUGAGCAUCCCUCAGGAUGAGCACAGACAAGCAAAUGCGUGGGGAUCGUGGCCUUGUGACUCUGGGGACGAGCAAGGUUUGUCGGGUUCACAUGAGGGAUUCAGUGGGUGCUCGAGGUGGCCAUUGCUGCUGGCUUGAGGCAGAUUUCACCCAUGGAAAGAAGCUUUGGCUUUCAAAACAUGCAACAUUUUAUUCUCAACCAGAAGAGCAAGCUGUGCAGAGGAACUGAAGCUGGGUGAGCACCAGAAGCACAGUUUGCCUUUUAGCUGCACAGAAAUGUUUACCCUGUUAGACACAGAGCUGGUAGAAUUACCCUGCAAAUAAACAGAGCCACUUUCCUGAC